GUCCUCCUCCUUUAUUCGCCUGCUCCCUCGGGCACCAGUUUCUCUGAAUUACUCCAAUACCAGGAAACCCUCAGUUGCGUAAGAGCCGCAGCAGAUAGAUGCUGCAAGUGUCAAUAAAGUGAAGUGGAGAGAGCGCACGGACUUUUACGCACCGGUGGACACAUCGAUCCAUGCGCCCUAGGAACCUGCACAGCUUCUCCUGUGAGCUCCGACAGCAGCCAGGCGACAUGUUCCCGUUGCCGAUGUUCACACCGGACCAGGUCGCUCGGGUGUGCGAGAACCUGGAGGAGACCGGGGACAUCGAGCGCCUCGGCCGGUUCCUCUGGUCCCUGCCCGCCGCCGUGCCGGGCUCCGCCGGGGAGGCGCUCAACCGACACGAGUCGGUGAUGCGAGCCCGGGCGCUGGUCGCUUUCCACGGAGGAAACUUUGAGGCUCUGUACCAGAUCCUCCAGAGCCACAGGUUCACGCGCGAGUCGCACGCCAAGCUCCAGGACCUGUGGCUGGACGCGCACUACCGGGAGGCGGAGAGGCUGCGCGGCCGGCCGCUGGGCCCGGUGGAGAAGUACCGGAUCCGCAAGAAGUUCCCUCUGCCCCGCACCAUCUGGGACGGCGAGCAGAAGACGCACUGCUUCAAGGAAAGAACUCGCAGUUUGCUGAGAGAGUGGUACCUCCAAGACCCGUACCCCAACCCGUCCAGGAAACGGCAUCUGGCGCAGGCCACCGGACUCACACCCACACAGGUCGGCAACUGGUUCAAGAACCGCCGCCAAAGGGACCGGGCCGCAUCUGCAAAGAACAGAUUGCAACAGGAUCCGUCCCACCUUCCCUCGGAAAGCUCCCCGGACGGGUCCCUUCAAGAGCGUCGCCACCACCCCCACCUUCUACCUCCCUCCCCUCGCCACCCGGGCAGCCCGGAGGCCAGCGACUGCAGCACAGAGACCGAGCGCAGGGGGACGGGAGCCUCCACUCCGGAGAUCUCCGUCAGCAGCGACAGCGAGUUUGAGUCUUGAGAGGACGGGACUCUCGUUCAUGGACAGACUCUUGUUUCCUGCAGGGACGAGAGCAGCGUCCGUCCUCAGACGUACGACAGAGACAAUCUGUGGCUGCGGACGCACGGAGAUGUUCGCGCAGAAAGGUGGACGAGCACGGAGAGCUGCUGUGGCUCAGACGGAACGAUAUGCAAAAACAUAAUGCACUUAAAAAAAGCACCAUGGCACAAACAUGACCUUCACUGUUUUAUGAAUGAAUGAACCGUGACUCUGGACUGUACAUAGGUAAACAUCUGCAUAGAAGUCCUACAAGACACAAGUACUCUCAGGAAAAGUAUUUAUAGAAAUAACACCAACGGUCUUUAGAUAAUGUGAAUAUUAAUACUUUAAGUUUUGAUACAGAUUUCAGUGAAUAUUUUGAUAGAUCACUUUCUAAUAGUUUUAAUGUAAGCGACGUAAUACAUUUGUUUGGAGACUGCUCAGACACGGUGAACAUUAAAUGCCUUGAGUAGGCUACUAUUGUAUGUGAAUAUGUUUACAUGCAAACAUUUAUAAUUGGACUAUUAUCAGAGCAAAGCAAAACCCAGACUGGAUAUUUCCAUGCAAACAUACGAACGAUUCACUUUAUGAAACCGUGUAAAUCCAGUUUCAUUCAGUGAUCCUGAAGAACGGCUUUGCUCUGACCUUAAUAAUAAUAAUAAUAAUGUGCAUGUAAACAUAGCAAACGAGCAAGUCAACACAUUUCAUUGCCUUAAAAAGGAACAAAGGGCAUCAGUCUUUAUCAACGCAAUAACUCACAGUGACGUUAAACGAGUUUUCUCUCUGUGAUCACGUUCACGUGCUGCUCAAACCACCAGUCUCUGCUACCUGCUGGGUUCCACCGGCCACUUCUCUUUUGGUGGUUUUCUUUCGACGCUGCUCUGACGAUGGUUUUCCUGCAGGAAGUGAAACAGAAACGACAAUUUAAAAAAAGAGGUCUUAACUCAGUGUGCCUAUUACAUUUGAGAACAGUGAGACCUGGUCCCAUGUGAUCGUGUCCUCGCGUCAGAAGGACGGUUUACCGUCUGCUGUCUUUCUUUCCCGUCACACGUUCAUGAAAAGAUGCAUUUUGUAAAUGUUUUGUGUAAAUAAAUGAAACUAUUUUUAUCCAAAUGUA